GAAAGAUCUUAUAUUUGACCCACGUGUGCGUGGUUAUGCGUGGAGAGCAAAUGGCCAGCAGGCGUCUGCGCCGUAGCGCGCGUGGGUCUCUGUGAUGUGGAUCUGUCACUCUGUGCCACGCGUUCAUACGGCUGCAUCCGGACAUUUACACUUGGAGGAGUUUGAAAAGCUGUUUGUUUCUCUGAAGACUUUUCUGAUCUCUGAGUCAAUGAUGACCGAGAACAAUGAGAUGGAGAACGAGUGUCAUCUGGAGCGCGCUCCAAGCUCCGUGUUCGUGCACCCAGCCGCCUCAAAGCUGCAGAGACUGAAGCGCUCCCUGUCUUUCAAGACUAUGAUGCGCAGUAAGAGCGUGGAGAACUUCUUCCAAAGAUCCUACAGUGACGCUCGUCUGCCCCCGGAUUUCAUCACUGACCCGCCGCCUCCCUCUCCCCCACUGCUGCCUGGCUCACCGCUUGUCGGGGAGCGGUCACCGUCCAUUUCACCAUCGCUCAGCCCAAAUCCUUCCAUCAGCUCCCACUCGCCAUCGCGCAACCUUUCCCCUUCACUGCCCAUCAAGCCCCCCCAUCCUCAGAUUACCCACUGUUUCCAGGACCAUGUUUUUCGCAAGCCCACCAACUGCCAGCACUGCAAGAACUUGAUAGUAGGAAACUCCAAACAAGCUCUUCGAUGUAAAACGUGCAAAAUCGCUGCUCACUUGUGGUGUACCUCGGAGCUAUCUCAGCAGCCGUGUCAUGGCAAGUCUGGUGCUUUCAAGCGAAACGUCAGCUUGCCGUUACUUGUCAGCGACCAACUGACUGUCGUCAAGGAAGUCCAGCCGAGCCAAGUUUCAGACCCUGUACGGACACGUGUUGACCCGGUGUACGCCGCCUUGCGAUACGGGACGUCCUUGGCACAGAUGAGUCACUCCAGUUUUGGCAGUUUGUCAGAGUCACCAACACGCAGCCUGGGGGAGGGAGGUGAAGAGCAGGAGCAGAGACAGUACAGCAUGGAGGAAGAGAUAACUCAGGAGGCAGUGGAUAUCUCUGUCCCCGACAAUGAGUUUGCCAGAGAGGAAGAGGAGAGCAGUGGACCGGCUCCUGUGGAGGAGGUGAAGGUACCCAAACGCAUUGAAGUUCACUCCAUCCACACCUAUGUAGCGCUUUACAAGUUUCUGCCUCAGGAACAGAACGACCUGGAAUUACAUCCCGGUGAUCGUGUGCAGGUCACAGACGACUCUAACGAGGAGUGGUGGAAGGGCAAAAGCAGCGACAGAGUCGGCUUCUUCCCUGCCAACUUUGUGCAGAGGGUCCGGCCGGGAGAGAGCGUGUGGAGGGUGGUUCAGAGUUUUACUGGAAGCAGGGAGAGAGGUCACAUGGCUGUGAAGGAGUCCCAGAUCUGUGUGGGGAAGCGAGAAGAAGGCGAGGUCUUUCUGAAGUUGAGCAGCGGCAAAAAGAGAGGGUUGGUCCCGGCUGACUCUAUAGAGGAGAUCUGAGGCUCUGGGCAUAUGCCACUCUCACCAUCAUGCCGCUGACUUCCUUCACCAAAGCCACCUCCGGUCUACCUGAUCCCAACUGACUUAAAUACAGAUAACGUGGAAGAAAAACACAAACCUGCAAAGAGCCGGAACCAUGGUAGUCCACAGUUUCACAUUUCAAUUUCUGAGGUUUAUUUUCUUUAACCGCAGGUAGAAAUAUGCAGUGUAGUUCCUGUUGUAGAAAUAUUAAUAUUUGCUUAGAGGAAGGGUGUAGAAAUUUUUAAAAUGCUUUUAGAAAGGGUUAUGCAACUACUUUGACAGAAACUGAUAUAAAAUAUAAUUUUUCACCAGUAUUUGUUAGACAUUUGACCAAAAUAAAACAAGCCAUCUUGCACAGCAGCAACAUUAAAUUUCAUCCACUACAUUAAUCAGUUGGCAAUAACUGAUAUUUUACAGUAAUGUGCAAAAGCUUAAUAUGCAUUU